AUUAUAAAUUUUUAACAAAUGAAAUAUUACGAUGUAGUUACCAAUAAACCAUAGCCUUGAUUUGAAUUAAACUGUGGUUUGACACCAGUUCCAGUCUGAUACAGUCUAUACGAAAAUACGGUUCAGUAGUUCUACAUCAUCCUAACAGUAGUUUUUUUCCAAAACAGAUAUCUUCGUUUGUACAAAAAUUGAAAAUGGGAUUGAUCUUAUUAGUUUAUUUAAUAUUAAUAACAACGACAGUUAUUAACAUAUUAGCAACUACUAUACCAGAACAAAAUGAAAUAAAUAGGAUGCCGAAAUCACUAUUAGAAAAAGUUCUUUAUCCUAGAACUAAAAUCCAAUCUACAAUAAACCACCAUUCUACCGAACUACAUAAUUCAUUUGGUGUUUCUGGAAAUGUUGGAAUUGGAUUUCAUUUUGGGACUGGUUAUAGAAUAAAAAAUGGCGAUGGAAAAGAAGAUCAAGAAAUUGUACAUAACAAAAUUUAUGAUAAAUAUUUGGGUACUAGUUUUGGUUUUGGAUCAUUGGGUAAUAAUAAAAAAGGCCAUGUUGAAAACAUCGAACAAUCAGUUUCGGCAGAUCAAAACACUAUUUAUCACGAUGAAGUUAAUUUAGUCGAUCAAGAGUCUGACAAUGAACUAAUUCCAACUACAACAACAACAGCAAAACCAAAGGCCGGAGUCUUUAGAAAAAUCAGUAACUAUUGGGCAGCUGAACAAUCAGAACCCAAAAGUGACUAUACCAGCAGCGGUAUUUUUAAAUGGAGUAUGCAAAAAUUAAAAAACAAAAAUAAUAUAGGAACACCAAGAUAAAAAAAUCUUAACAUGCCUAUUUUUUUGUAAAUCUAUAGUAUUGUUAUUAUAUUAUAUAAUAAUUAGCUAGAUACUUACAAAAUUAUUUUUUAAUUUUAAUAUUACAA